GCCGGGCGGGCUCAGUGGGUGAAGCCCCCGGGCAGAUCGCGGAGCUCCUGUGCUGACCCCGCCCCGCCGCCCCCCGUGCUCCGGUGUGUGGUGAGGUGAGAGCUGUUGAGCAAUGGCAUUCAAGAAGGUUUGGUGUGCCCUAGCCCUGGGAUUUCUGCUGCCUUUCUCUUGUGCCCACACGGACUUCUUCACUUCCAUUGGUCAUAUGACAGACUUAAUUAAUACAGAAAAGGAUCUGGUUGUGUCACUCAAAGAUUACAUUAAGGCAGAGGAAAGCAAGCUGGAGCAGAUCAAAAAAUGGGCAGAGAAGUUGGAUCAGCUGACAGCUACUGCCACAAAAGACCCAGAGGGGUUUUUGGGCCAUCCUGUGAAUGCAUUCAAGUUGAUGAAAAGGCUCAACACAGAGUGGGGUGAGCUGGAGAGCCUGGUGCUCAAGGACAUGUCAGAUGGCUUCAUCUCCAACAUGACCAUCCAGAGGCAGUUCUUCCCAAACGAUGAGGAUCAGACUGGGGCAGCCAAGGCCCUCCUGAGGCUGCAGGACACCUACAACCUGGACACAGACACCCUGUCCAGGGGAAACCUGCCAGGUGUGAAGCACAAAUCCUUCCUAACAGCUGAAGAUUGCUUUGAGCUGGGCAAGAUUGCCUACACAGAAGCUGACUACUACCACACCGAGCUGUGGAUGGAGCAAGCCCUGAAGCAGCUGGAUGAGGGAGAAGUGUCCUCUGCAGACAAAGUCUACAUCCUGGACUACCUGAGCUAUGCUGUGUACCAGCAGGGGGACCUGGCCAAGGCCAUGGCACUCACCAGGCGCCUCCUGGAGCUGGAUCCUGAACAUCAAAGAGCAAAUGGGAACAUGAAAUACUUUGAGUACAUCAUGGCUAAAGAAAAAGAGGCAAACAAGUCCAGCACAGAUUCAGAAGAGCAGGAGAAGGAAACUGAGGUUAAGAAAAAGGAUUACCUGCCUGAGAGAAGGAAGUACGAAAUGCUGUGCCGUGGGGAGGGGCUCAAAAUGACUCCCCGCCGACAGAAGAGGCUCUUCUGCCGCUACUACGACGGGAACAGGAACCCCAGGUACAUCCUGGGCCCCGUCAAGCAGGAGGACGAGUGGGACAAGCCCCGCAUCGUUCGCUUCCUGGACAUCAUCUCCGACGAGGAGAUCGAGACCGUGAAGGAGCUGGCCAAGCCCAGGCUGAGCCGUGCUACUGUUCAUGACCCUGAGACUGGGAAACUGACCACAGCACAUUACAGAGUCUCUAAGAGCGCGUGGCUCUCGGGCUACGAGAGCCCGGUGGUGUCCCGCAUCAACACCAGGAUCCAGGACCUCACAGGGCUGGAUGUCUCCACUGCAGAGGAGCUGCAGGUAGCCAACUACGGCGUAGGAGGCCAGUAUGAGCCUCAUUUUGAUUUUGGAAGGGUAAGUCCUGCUUUGUCUUCACUCUUUCUUCUUCACAAGUGCUGUGUUUCUCUUUUUCAGGUGGCAAAUUAUGGAGUGGGAGGACAAUAUGAGCCCCACUUUGACUUUGCACGGAAAGAUGAGCCAGAUGCCUUUAAAGAAUUGGGAACAGGCAACAGAAUUGCUACUUGGUUGUUUUAUAUGAGUGAUGUGUCAGCAGGGGGAGCCACGGUCUUCCCUGAAGUGGGAGCCAGCGUUUGGCCGAGAAAGGGUACAGCUGUGUUCUGGUACAAUCUCUUCCCGAGUGGAGAAGGCGAUUACAGCACGCGGCACGCAGCCUGCCCGGUGCUAGUGGGGAAUAAAUGGGUCUCCAAUAAGUGGCUCCACGAGCGGGGACAGGAGUUCCGCCGGCCGUGCACGUUAUCGGAGCUGGAAUGAGGCAGCCUGGGCUCCCAGCACUCAGGGGUGCAGCUGCACAUUCCUGCCAGUUUACAACUGACUAACAAACACUCCACUACAGGUUCACCCCGCCCAGCUCAGCUGCGGACAGGACAAAUGUGCUUUUGGUUCCCUCCAAAUCCCCCCCAAGGUUUAUCAACAGAAAAUAGCGAGGCUGACAAGUGUUACUGAAACAAAAAAAAAAAAGGACAAAAUACAGAUAAAUACAGAUGAGGGCCACAACUUACAGUGGUGUUGUGUGUGGUGUUCCUGUCACCAUCAUCCCUCUGAGCAGUGUGGGCAGCCAGGGGUUGUCUGGAGUCCUCCUCACACCUGUCAGGCUUAGGGCAGGAUCAUUGCCUGGGAGGGCUCCCUUCUAAGGAAUGCUGAAUGAAACCCUUUGCUAUUCUUCAAUUCCCACACAUUUGACUCUUUGCUUUCCUAGAGUGCCUGACCACUGCAGGCUUACUUUGCUGGAAAACAGGCUUAUUAGCAUGUUCUAGUCUGGUUUUCCACUUCCACAAAAGCCCCACUUUUUAAACUUGUCUUCCUCCUCAGCCUGUGUGGAGAAUUUGGCUCUGAAUCUUGACCACAUGAGCCAGCAGUUCCACAGGCAGAGUCAGGAUGCUUCCCCAGUGUCAGAGCAGCCUGGGAACACCCACAGCCCAUCUCCCCUCCUCUUCUGCAAUGUUUGUCCACAAGAACAAAUGCUGCUUUUGUUCUGUCCUGGCAGCCAGCUCUUCCCUCUGCUCCUUGGGCAGUGGGGAUGGGGAUGUUCCCACCUUCAUUAAUCAAAAUUGUCGUGCCUUAGGACACUGGAAUUUCAAAUUGGUUCUGAGACUUCAGGUGCUGAGGUAACACAGAGUCCUCACAGAAUACUCCCUGCCCUUGUCUUCCUCCCAGCUCUCAAGGUUUCAGGAGAAACCCUCAGCCUAUUUAUAGUCCUGAACCUUUUUUAGCUGCAGGCUCACUUUCCUGAACCCUUUCCCUUCCACAGGAGGAUUUUUAGCAAAAUAUCCAAAUAUCUUACUAGCAUGAGGACAGAAAUCAAAGGAAGCUGCACCUGCCUUUACCUAAACAGUCCAAUUUUCUGGAUGAUGAUGAUUUUACUGAUUUAGGGGUCAAGCCUGAAGUCUUUACCAAGGGAAAAAUUCCAAUUUUGGUUAAUUGGAUUUUCUGCCUCAAUAAAAUCUUGACAGUUGAGCCAAAACAUACAAAACCUAUUGUUAAAUGUGCUAGAAAUACCUCUGGAUUACUGAGAAUGCAGUUUAAGGUACUAUAGUUGGAGGAACUGCAUACUUUCAGAAGACACUUUAAAAGGUCUUUGCUGGAAAAUAUUUGUUAAAUUUCUACUGAGCCUGGUAGCAGUGGGACCCACAGAUCUGCCCCUCCUUAGCCCUGUACCUUCCUAAACUUUGCCUGGCUUUUGGCAGCUGGAAAACAAGGUCCAUCCAUAAAGUGAGAACACAAAGUCUGCACAGUCCCACCUCACAUCUGCACUGCUCAUUCACCAAGAGCAGGAGCUGAUCUAAAUAAAUUCACCCCAGAACUGCUUUAGCAGAGCUAAUCUUUGAGCACCAAAUUGUAAUAAUUUAAAAGACCCCAAACCCAUAAGAUUUGUGCCUACCUGAGUUUUCUCACCGUUUUAUCUGUCUCUCUUCCUACCCAUGGUUCUCUCUUUUCUCUUUCCCAUCUCUUAGUUUGUUAAGCUCCAAAAAGAUAACCAUGGCUGCAGGUACCUCCCACCACAUCCCUGCAGGUGAAGGGGGACAAUGAACAAGGGGAGCAGUUGGGAAUUCUGCCUUUGGGGCAUCCAGAAAUGCUUGUAGAGAGGCCAGUUCUACCUAGUAAAGGAGCACAAAACAAAAUCCCUGUAUUGCCAUCAGGAACUGGUGUGGAAAACACCUGGUUUGCUCUUGCUGUCCCAUUUCUGUUCAACAGUCACCAAAGCAUGAAAAAAAACCAGAAUUGGAGAAUUUUGCUCAGCAGUUCCCUCCCUCACCUCAGUACCAGUGAGUACUCCAGUGUUAAACAGCAUCAGUCUCAGGCACUGCUUGGGGAGUACAAAUGUUCUGCUGCACAACUUUUAAAGCAGUGAAUCACUCACAGAUAAUUCUUCAGGAAAGAAUUUUCUACUUUUGACAAUAGAAAAUUUUACUUGGUUAAAGAAAAAAAAAUAGCCUGUCAAAAUUAAAUCUCCAGUCUGCUGGGACACAUCAGGAAUGUUCCAGAUUGUGACAACAGGGUUGGCUUAGAUUUUUAAACUGCAGACAAUCUCUAUUUCCUCUCCCUCCACUGCAGUGGUGUCCAUGCCUCCAAUGCUGACUGUGUAAGGGAUUACACUGGUGCUGCUGCUUCUGCCUUAUCCCAUCAUUUCUCAGAGGGCUUUUGGAUCCCCAGUGUGGCUCCUGUGUGAAUCUAGUUUUGUAUUAAACAUGAUUGAAAACUGUCUGGGCUCACAGUGACUGACAACUGCCUUACUGUUACAUUUUUUUGUAAUAAAAUUUUUAAUGUAAAAAAAAAAGUGAACAGGCUUAAAAUAAAAGCCACUGCCAUUAGCAGUGAGAAAUCCUCCACA